UCUAGCCUCUCUUGUUUUCGGCAAUCAAGCCCCCAGAGAUUAGCUGAACAAGACAUGGAACAUGAUCGAAGUGCUUGUUCAAGCAUGUCUUUCGUGAUGCUGGGAUGCUUGUGGACAAAGGAAGCAAAGGAGAGGCAGUUGCAGCUGAAAGAGAAGCAGCACCAGCAGCCAAAGCAGGCAAAAGAGCUCACCCUGGAGGAUUGGCUCAUAGCUUCACCAGGCUUGCAGAAGCACAGUGGGACAGGUGGGGGUGAAUACCAUGUCCUCAAACAUUCCUCCAAGAGGGUUUUCCCAUCUUUCGUUGGAGAAAAUGCACAUACCUCCUCUAAACCAAGGGAGAACUUCUCUAAGGAGAGGCUGCUGAAAUUUGAAGAUGAUGAAAGGGAAGACAUGGAGGUUUCCUUGAGCAGGAGCCAAAGUGGGAAGUCAAAGAAAAGGGUGAGCUUUAGGCAACCAGAAGAAGCUGAUAUUUUUAUAUUCCAUUCAUCAUCAUCAGAAGAAGAAUCAGGAGAGAGGGAGAAUUGAUCUUUUGUUUCUUGUUCUCUGUUGGGUAUGUUUUGGUUCGUCAUUUUGCUUUUGGUACGUGCAGCUUGGGAGAAAAAUAAUAGACUAACUACCUGCUAAAGCUUUACUCAAACAUCAUCAAUAGCCAUGCUGAUUAGAACAGUUGAUUAAGGCAAGAGGAUCAUAUGUAAAUGUAUUACCACUACAUCAAUUUGCUGCCACAAAUGCUA